AUGACUGGCGAGGAGUGGUCUUUUCCCGGCGUGCCGGACGGUAUCCAAGACAGUUUCGAGGUUCAGCAACUCCGCAACAGAUACCUCGCUGGCACCGCUGGCAGUCCCUUCUCUGACCCUGAGUCUUGUAUGCUCUUUCAGAGGAUGCAACAGUUUGACGCUUCUUUGAGCAACAAGCGACCAGUCAUGGACCACGACCAGCCAUGGCAUCCCGAUGGCAUGCCUUACGUGCACGACGUUCAGUCCAUGUUUGCGCCGAUGCACUUCCAGUAUGGCGUUGCGUCCAUUGACGAUGUCCCGAUGGCCUCCGCGGGUGGCCUGGGUCAAAACAUGCCCAUCUCCUCUCCCGCCUUCUCAGCAUCUGAGUCUGGUGCCAGCUUCGGUAGUUUCUCCUCCACCGGCGUGCCCAACCUCCUCGACUCUGGCUCCUUCAGCUCGGCAGACGGCUCUGCGAUCAUCACCAGCCCGCCCCAGCAGUUCGAAUACGUCACCUCGCCGUUCACGUCGUCGUCUUUGGUGAGCGAGGAUCUGUCCAACAUCAAGGCAGCUCCUCCCUCGCCCACGCCCUUCUCGGAAACAUCCCCAAUCGUCUUCUUUCCGACAGCUCCCGACCAUCUUGUCGAGCCGCGGUGCCCGAUGAAUGACCACCACGCCAUGAGUGCUCCCGUGCUUGAGCGCCAUGGCUCUGGACCCGGUAUCAAGUCCGAGCCGCAAGGUCGUCGCGUGCUGCCCUCAAAGCCCCGUAAGGAGCUCCCUGAGAAGCCGCGAUCUCGCCGGGCUGCCUCUCCAUCUCGCAGGGUGAAUCCGACGGCGCCCAAGACAGAGCUCCGACCCAAGCAGCCAAAGCCUUGUCCAGUGCCAGUUCCAGUGAUCACAGAAGCCGCGGAGCGGUCUGCCAAGGACGAUUAUCUUCUCAAGGCCAAGGCAGAGGGCCUGACAUAUCGUGAAAUCCGUGUCAAGGGUAACUUCUCCGAGGCCGAGUCCACGCUUCGUGGCCGAUACCGUACUCUCACAAAAAGCAAGGAGGAGAGGGUGCGAAAGCCUGAGUGGACCCAGCAUGAUGUCCAUUUGCUGCGGAAGGCUGUUCGCAAGUUCUCCAAGGGGAACGAUCCUGCCUCCACCAAGAUUCCUUGGAAGCAGGUGGCCGAGUACAUCUACAACCACGAUGGUUCGUACCUUUUUGGCAAUGCCACUUGUCGCAAGAAGUGGGACGAGCUUGUCAUGAACUCUGGAGGAAGACGCUUGGGUGGAAUGGGGACCAUGGAGUGA